UGACACUGAAUUAUUUUUAAAAAAAUUCUCAACGUGUUCACAUCGCUGUUAUAGUUGUGGUCCAUUUUAGGCGUGUCUGAUAAUAAAAGCAACGCUUCUGGUGAAGCUACAAGUGACUCCGCUGAAGUUUACAAAACAAUAACGGAAGACAAGUUUCUUGGAGGAAAUUCAGGCCCUGAAAAAGUCGAAAUGGUCCAGGAUGAGAAGACAGCCCCCAACGACGGAGCCGACGAGCAGAUGCUAGGCUCCGGCGGCGUGGAAGACAAGCUGGCCGACCGCCGGGAUGAGGUCAAGUUCAUCAAGGGCGACCACCAGAACGGCGAUGCCAAAAUCGAUAUAGGAGCAGUCAAUGGAGGAAAGCCUGCCUUCACUGGAAUGAGCAAGGAGGAACUUAUGAAGUACGCCAAUGAUCCAUUCUGGGUCCGUCUUCGAUGGAUCUUCUUCGUGGGCUUUUGGGCCGUGUGGGUGGGCAUGCUGGUGGGCGCCAUUCUGAUCAUCAUCGGAGCCCCCAAGUGCGCUGCCCCCCAGCCGUUGCCGUGGUAUAAGCGCGGCCCGCACGCCAAAUUUGCCAGCCUGGAGGCUGUCAAGCAGGCGGAUGUCGAGUCUGUCAAAAAGAUCCACGCUGCAGGAGCCAUCUAUGAGUUGCCCGCUGCUUUCACUUACAAUGUGAAGAAGCCAGAGGUCGAGGAGAUGAUAAAGCGACUAGUGGCUCAGUACCAGGGCAGCGAUAUCCGGGUGAUUCUCGACGUGACCCCCAACUAUGUGCACAAGGAUUCGCAGCUGGUGUUGGAUGCCAUUGCCGAUCCGGAAAAGCGUUCCGCCUUUGUGUGGGUCACUGGCAAGACAGUCGAGCCAACAAACUGGCUCAAGGUUGGCGGCACUCGCAGUGCUUGGAAGAAGCUGAACGACAGCUAUGUGCUCUCCCAGUUCGAGGACGACUACUACGACCUCAAAAUGAACAGCACCUUGGUCCGGAAGGAGUUUGGAGAUGUACUGAAGCAUCUGGUUGGCCUGGGUGUCGAGGGAAUCCGUCUGAACAAUACCAAGUACUUUGUGAUUACCGAGAAUCUGGAAGACGAAACGCCUUCAGCAGUGCCCAAUGGCGGAAACCUGGGAGACUAUGGCUUCUUCAACCACAAGCAGACCACAUUCCAAUCCGGCCUGGGAGACGUUCUUUAUGAUUACCUGAGCAUCGUUAAGAACGCUUCCGAUGAAGCCUUCCUCUCGGUGGCCGAUGACGUGAUCCGGCCGCAGGUGUAUCACUUGAGCGAGGUUCCCGGCGUCAAUGGCAUCGAUCUCCCUAUCUUCGGUGACUUCGUCAAGGUCCUCAGCAAGUCUAAGCCAGAUAAGUCGCUUCAGCAGGAUCUGGAAAACACACUCUUCCAGGCUGGCAACAACAGCUGGCUGCAGUGGAACUUCGGAGACGUCUAUGUGGACACACCCCAGGAUCCCUCAGCUCUGUCAUUGUUCCUCUCUUUACUUCCUGGUGUCCCGGUGGUGGCAGUGGACUCCAUUAUGUAUCAAAACGUGACCGAGGAGACCUACAGGCAGAUCGAGCAGCUCCGCAAAUCGGCAUCUUACAUGCACGGCGAGCUGAAGCUCUUCCAGGCCGAUCCCUUGGUGGCUUAUUCCAGGCAGAGAAUCAAGUCUGGAAAUCCUGGCUUCUUUGUGGUAUUCAAUCCCACCGACUUGCCGCAGUCUAGUAACUUCACUGGUUCUGUCAAUCUUCCGGAAAAGAUGACAGUUUCCUACUUCAGCGAGCACUACAACAACCACGAAAAUUCCGUCAAGGUGGGCCACGCCGCCAAGCUGAAUCUGAAGGAACUCAAGGUCGCUCCCCACUCGACCAUCAUCCUCACCUACGUUCCGACCACAACGGAGUAAGGUGUUUCUACCAGCGAAAUUAAUGGCAGUCCUAUGAGAUUGGCUUCAAGGCAUAUAUUUAUAUAAAGAAUAUAAAUGUGUUUAUUAAAUUGUAACUUGCUUCAUUAUCCAUUGAGAUUUAAAGCCGAAAAACAAAGCUCUUAAAAAAAUAGUUUGUUGAGAACGUGUUGAAGUUCUCUUUUUGCUAGAAAUCGCUUCAAAAUAAAUUAAAUAUUUGCUUGCAUUUAAAAAA